AUGCGCUCAACACUCACCCGUCUAUUCUACACCCUCUCCCACCUAACCCGCACCUCUGCACCCCUUCGUAACACUUGCUCCCUCCGCUCCGGCCCUCCACCACUGAGAUCCUCCAUGCCCGUCAUCCCCUCCUUCCUCGCCAGCCUCUUCGGAACAACCGCCGCCUCCAACAUGUCGUCAUCAUCAUCCUACCCAGACCAACGAACACCAGACCAGUGGCGCGCAGUCCUAAACAAGGAACAAUUCCGCAUCCUCCGCGAAAAGGGCACCGAACCCCCCGGCUCCGGCAAGUUCGACAAGCACUACCCCACAACCGGAGUCUACACCUGCGCCGGCUGCCACGCCCCCCUCUACAAGGCCUCGCACAAGUUCUCCUCGGGCUGCGGCUGGCCCGCCUACUUUGACUCCAUCCCCGGAGCCGUCACCCGCCACGAGGACCGCGCUUUCGGCAUGCUCCGCACCGAGAUUGUCUGCAGCAACUGCGGCGGCCACCUCGGCCACGUCUUCAAGGGGGAAGGCUUCCCCACCCCUACUGAUGAGCGUCACUGUGUGAACAGUGUUAGUCUGAGUUUUAGUCCGAAUGAUGAGCCUGUCAAGAAGAAGGAGCAGGAGGAGACAAAAGAAAGGGAGGAUAAGAGUAAGGUGUAA